AUGUUGCUGAAGUACAAGGGCGUGAUAGAGGUUAUAAGGACUGGCGCGGCCAGCAUUGACAGGAGGAAUCUCAGCCGCACUCGAGUACGACUUCUGUCUGUUCGGUCGGAAAUGGCAAAAGGCGGCCCCCGUAAACGAAUCUACACUGAUCUUGCCACGGUCCUGAUCCUUCUCUCAACAUUUGCCGGUGCAGUGACUCUGCAGACUCAAUUCACGCUCCCCGAUACCUGCAAUGGCGCUCGUGCACGCGCUCUCGUGGCAUACGCGUCGCAAUUCUUCCUGGCAAGCCCUAUAGCCAUCUUCGCGAUUUUCAUGAGUCUGCACGGAUACGAGGAGAACGAUAUUAUCGAGGCAGGCCGGCAUGAAUUUAUUCAAUGCCAAUUUGGUCUCACUGGUAUUAUGAUCAUCGCGGGGUUCUUGCUACUCAAUAUCACUACUCUUUACACGGGAGGAAACUACCUGGGACCGGCCGGAAUAGCUUUGACGGGAAUUUUCAUUUUGGCGACUGUCGCAUGGGGGAUCGAAGAUCAUUUACCUCCGCCCACGCAGAACGGCCAGGGGAAGACGGAGGCAGACGCAGACGCCGAGCACUCUGCUGGUAGCCCUGAUUCAGCGCCAGCGGAGCUGCCACAACGGCAACGUCAAUUCGGGGACCACACUGCGACUGUGGCGGAAUUCCUAGGCUAUGCUGGCCCUUCUCUGUCAAAGACCCGGUUAGCCAUGCGAUGGACGAUUUGUGGACUCGUUGUACUGGAAGCGGCUGGGGUUUUAGUAUUGUUUGGGCUGGGGAUAGCUCAGGCAGUGAAUGCCUCGCCAGAGGGGUGUCAAUUACUUUAA